AUGACGACCCAUCCUCUACUGCUCGCUGGGCUCUCCUUCGCCUGGUAUCUCACCUACGUGGCUGGGCUCGGCAAUACAGCGACAUUCACUGCUAAGUCUUCGGGAAAUGGACAGCGCUUCUCAGGAAGUCUUCUGCUGAGCACAAAAGUGAGCGGUCCACUGGAGUGCUUGCGUUUGUGCGGAGAUGUUACGCCACUCUGCUUCUACUUCAACUACAAAGGCGGUGCGUGUGAGCUGAUGAACAACUGGACUACCCGUGUCGCUGCGCCAGGCUGGGCCUAUUACACCAUAACACCGCCGCCUGGUCCGUGUUCCCGCAACUCGUGUCCAACAACACAAGUCUGUGUGCCGUACUCUCUGGAGACCGAGCUGCCGUACCACCCCGGUGUCCUGCCCCUGCCAGGUUAUAUCUGCUCCGGCGCCCAGUUCUAUCUUGACAAGCGCAGUCAGAACAAAAGUUGCAAACUUGUGGCCGUCAAAGACGUGUAUUUCUAUGAAUACGACUUGUGGCAGUGGUUUCUCCCCCUCUCCGAGAUCUUUUAUCGCUGCUCCUCCUACAACUGCGUGAUGUUGUUCACUAGUUUUUCAUCGGACGGGAGGACAUGGGUAAGCUACAAGAACGCGACACAAGCCACAACCUCAUCUUUCCUGCGCUCGGGCGAAGUCAUGAUCGGCUGGUUCCCUGAGUGUACCUGAACCACGCACCGUAGGAGCGGCUUGAGGAACAUCAUGUGUAUCUGGAGGGUGAACCUUGUACUGUCGGCGCGCCUUGCGGAACAUCAUGUGUAUCUGGAGGGUUAAUCUUGCACUGUCGGAGCGGCUUGAGGAACAUCAUGUGUAUCUGGACAGUGAUCCUUGUACUGUCGGAGCGGCUUGAGGAACAUCAUGUGUAUCUGGAGGGUUAAUCUUGCACUGUCGGAGCGGCUUGCGGAACAUAAUGUGUAUCUGGAGGGUUAAUCUUGCACUGUCGGAGCCGCACGCGGUGCCUACGUGAAUUUGACUAUGAACUGAAAAUCAAGUUGGUUGCGACAUCCUGUGUGAAUUAUGAAACAUAAUACAACAUUUGCUGUUGUGAAGUAUUUUGGCACUAGAUUUUAUGCAC